UAUCGUGUCAACAAACUCAAAUUUGCAACACAACAAUUAAGUUUAUUGUUUUCUUACGGAGGGAAGACGAAAGUAGAGCGUUGUAUGCUAACAGGGCUUACAGAGCGAAACCGGAAGUACUUGCGAGAUUCUCCUCUCGCACCUGCUCAGUCAUCUGCGCUGUCGUCCAAGAAUGGCCGCUGCUGCAGCAGGAAUAAACAAGCAGGGCGCCGUAGCGACGAUGGAGCCCUGUAUCCGACAUGGGAGGGGAGCUCAUGGAAACACUGUUAAGGUGCUCGAGUGUGGUGUGUGUGAGGACGUCUUCUCUCUCCAAGGGGACAAGGUCCCUCGUCUUUUGCUCUGCGGUCACACAGUGUGCCAUGAUUGUCUGACCCGGUUGCCCCUCCAUGGUAGAGCGGUCCGCUGCCCCUUCGACAGGCAGGUCACUGAGCUGGGGGACUCUGGAGUUUGGGGUCUGAAGAAAAACUUUGCUCUGCUUGAACUCUUGGAGCGACUCCAGAAUGGAGCUACCAACCAGUCGGGAAUGGCGGAGGAUGCCCUGAAAGGAAUGGGGGAAUGUAUAAUUCGCUGUGAUGAGGACGAGAGCCACACAGCCUCUAUGUACUGCACCGUGUGCGCCACCCACCUGUGUGCCGAGUGCUCCCAGCUCACCCACUCCACUCGCACGCUGGCCAAACACCGUCGGGUGCCGCUGGCUGACAAGCCUCAUGAGAAGACCCUGUGUCCGCAGCAUCAGGUCCACGCCAUCGAGUUUGUCUGCCUGGAGGAGGCCUGUCUGUCUGGGCCCCUCAUGUGCUGUGUGUGUAAGGAGUACGGCAAGCACCAGGGACAUAAGCAUGCUGUUCUUGAGACUGAAGCGAAUCAGAUCCGUGCAUCCAUUUUGGACAUGGCCCACUGCAUCCGCACCUUCACAGACGAAGUGUCCGAGUACUCGAGGAAGCUGGUGGGCAUCGUGCAGCAAAUAGAAGGUGGAGAGCAGAUAGUAGAGGACGGAGUUGGCAUGGCACACACUGAACAUGUCCCCGGCACAGCAGAGAGCGCACGUUCCUGUGUCCGAGCUUACUUCGCAGACCUCCACGAGACUCUGUGUCGGCAGGAGGAGAUGGCGCUGAGUGUGGUGGACGCUCACGUCAGGGAGAGGCUGAUCUGGCUGAGGCAGCAGCAGGAGGACAUGACCAUCCUGCUGUCUCAGGUCUCCACUGCCUGCCUGCACUGUGAGAAAACACUUCAACAGGAUGACUGCCGAGUUGUGCUGUCAAAGCAGGAGAUCAACUGUUUGCUGGAGACGCUUCAGAAGCAGCAGCACCAGUUCACAGAGCUGGCAGAUCACAUUCAGCUGGAUGCUGGCAUCCCUGUCACCUUCACUAAGGACAACCGGGUCCACAUUGGUCCAAAGAUGGAGAUCCGUGUAGUAACUCUUGGGCUCGAUGGAGCUGGAAAAACCACCAUCCUCUUCAAGCUGAAACAAGAUGAGUUCAUGCAACCCAUCCCAACCAUCGGUUUCAAUGUGGAGACAGUUGAAUAUAAGAACUUGAAAUUCACCAUCUGGGACGUGGGUGGAAAACAUAAGCUCAGACCCCUCUGGAAACACUAUUAUCUGAACACUCAAGCGGUGGUGUUUGUGAUUGACAGCUGCCACAGGGACAGACUCAUGGAGGCUCACAGUGAGCUGGCCAAACUACUGACAGAGAAGGAGCUGAGAGAUGCCUUGUUGCUCAUCUUUGCAAACAAACAGGAUGUUCCAGGCGCUGUGUCUGUGGAGGAGAUGACGGAGCUGCUGAGCCUACACAAGCUGUGCUGUGGGAGAAGCUGGCACAUUCAGGGCUGCGACGCCCGCAGUGGGAUGGGCCUCCAUGAGGGGCUGGACUGGCUCUCCAGACAGCUGGUGGCUGCCGGUGUCCUGGACGUAGCCUAAAUGUCACCCCUCUCUCUACGUCUGACUCUCCCCCUAACGACUGAACCCAAACCCCAGCCUCUGAGGAAUGUCCAUCGGUUUCCCCACCACUUCCAAACAUUUACUUUCAAGACGAGACUGCGGCUCUAAGCCUGCCCUCCUCAUCUUUCCUUCUUUGCACAUCAUUGUGGGCAAAGAAAACAAAGAUGUAAAUACUUUCUCUAGCUUCUCUGAAUCAGAACAUGGAAACUACAAAACCAUCUUAAAGUCUGUCCUACCUGUCACCCCACCCUCCGAGAAAUAUACUCACUGGCCCCGAAACCUGAGAUAAGACUACAAACUCCCAUCCUGCUCCAUUUCUGAAGGCCGCUUACAAGGUUUAACACGUUGCUGCUUACUUUAGUUUUUCUGUCUUCUAACCUUUUUCAAGGGACAAGCUGUUUAUCUAGUAUCUAUAGCUAGUUGACUUAGGUUCAGUAAAAUGUUAAAAAUGCUCCUUGUGCCCUGCCAGAGCGGACUCUAUCCGUAUUUUCUCUCACGUUAUUCAUCAUAACCACCACUAUAUGUGACAGUAAUCUUAACUUAAGACUGCAGAGUAGUCUGUAUUGUAAUAGUAUAAUUUACGUACCUUUUGUUGAUUCAGUAGACUUUGACAACACAUUAGAUAAUCCUGAGAAAUAACUUCAAUGACCUUUUAGCCAAAUUCAGUAUAUUUGCAGGUAAGUGGGAGAUGGACAGAAAUGUUCACUAUGGUUUAAAUGAACUCAGAGGACUUCCAGUGGCUUCAAACUGAUGGUCAAAUGUUCAGAUUUUGGCAGUUUUCUCACUUUGCCUUGAUAUCUAAUGUUAGCAAUAGCAGUUGAUGUUUCAUGGGGUCUUUUAAGUUAUGUUAAGUUUUUUUUUAAGUGUACUGUAUGAAGCUAUUUAAUGCCACAGCUGGUCUUGAAAUGGCGCACCAGUAGAGUUUUGGUUUGAAUAUAGUGUUUUCUGUUACAGAAAAAACUGUUUACUGAACUUAUUUAUGAGUGGGAAGUUGGACGUUACUUUGAUACGAGGCUAUUGCGAGAAAUUCAGAGUCUCUAUGCAGCGAUUCUGCCUCCAUUUGGGUGGAGUGUCUUGCACGCAGAAUUUGUGGAAUGCACUUGUUUGCUGCCUCACUACCCGUUUUCAUUUGGAAGCAAAUUAACUAUCUGCUGUUUCUUAUUAGACUCGGAGUAUUAAUCUCACUGCAAAAAAAGUCUUGUGAAAAUAUUGCUAUUUAAACAUCUCACAAGUCCUGCUUAUCUGUCUGGAGAUGGUACACCUUUAAUCAACAGCCUUCAGUAAUAACGUAAUGUGAAACUUAGUGAAACAUUAAACCUAACACUGACACUUGUCUUGUUAUUAAGGAACCAUCAUUUGAGUUUGAUCUAAUUUUUAUUCAUUGCUAUGUAAUGUUUACUACAUGUAUCUAUGUAUAAAAAUACAAAUAAAAAAAUGCACGUGUGAAAAGCCUUUCCCCGUACUUUAUGAAAAUAUUUGUUUUUGAAACGUAGAAGCACAAUGCGCAUCGAAACCUUUGUUACCAGUGGACUUGAUAACGGCUUUUGUAAAUUAUUCAUAAUGUGACGCUGUAAAAUAAACUAAUUGACCUUA